ACAAUUCUCCUCUGUUAAAUUAUUAACUUACAGAGAUCAGAUGUAAAAACAGAAGCGAAACACAGGCAGACAGAGGUAAAGAGAGAACUAACAGCACACAACAGAGGUCGAGAGAGGUAGACAGAAGACACACAGAGAGAGAGAGAGAGAGAGAGAGAGAGAGAGAGAGAGGUUAAUGCCAGUACUGGCUGCUGUGACUCUGACAGAGACAGUCAGUCAGAGGAGGAGCUCAGGUGUUGGAUGUUUUCUCAUGUUUGCUGGAUGUUGUUUGAUGCGACAUGGAGCUGCUGCCCUCGCUGAUGUCCUCCCUGAGGACUGUGGACCCUGCUGUUCUGGAUCAGGAGUACAGCGUGGUGCGUUCACAGACCUUGUUGUUGAAGAGAGAUCUGCGUUUGACCACUGGAGCCGGAGCUCUGAAGGAGAACAUCAAGAAGAACAGAUACAAAGACAUCCUGCCAUAUGACCAGUCUCGGGUGGUGUUGUCUCUGGUGACCUCAGACUCAGACUCUGAUUACAUCAACGCGAGUCUUAUCAAGGGGGCGUCAGCAGACAACAGGUACAUCGCCUCUCAGGGUCCUCUCAGCUCCACUCUGACUGACUUCUGGAGGAUGAUCUGGCAGCACGAUGUCAAGGUGAUAGUCAUGGCCUGCAGAGAGAUAGAGAUGGGAAAGAAGAAGUGUGAGUGUUACUGGGCUCCGGUUCAUCAGUCUGCUGUGUUUGGACCGUUCACUGUCCACAGUCAGGGGGAGACACAUCCCAACGAGGACAUGGUGGUCAGAACUCUGACGGUCACAUACCAGCAGGACAGCCGUUCAGUGGUUCAGUAUCAGUUCCUGGCAUGGCCGGAUCACGACAUUCCCUACGAGGCUGCUGGAGUCCUGGACCUGCUGGAGAGAGCCAGAAACAGCCAGAGAACACACACCUCGCCUCUGCUGAUACACUGCAGUGCAGGCUGUGGGAGGACAGGAGUCAUCUGUGCUCUUGACUACAUCCAUGACCUGCUGGUUACCAAGAUCACAACAGACUUCAGCAUCAUGAAGAUCGUCCUGGAGCUCAGGAGACAGAGACCGUCCGCGGUCCAGACCAAAGAUCAGUAUCAGUUCAUCUACACGGCUGUCGCCUGCAUGUUCGAACGAGCCCUGCAGUCGACCAGCCAGCAGCUCUACUGCAACACAAGUGAGCUAAAGAAACCAGAGAAGAAAACAACAGUGACACCUGGUUCCUACACCAAGAGAUCAUCAAAGCCGACUGACAUGAACGAUACAUAUGCUGUGGUCAACAAGGCUAGACAUUCUCAACCACCACCAACAAGCCCCACCCAGUCUGUUACAGCCCCUCCCAGAGCCAACAGGACGCUUCCCUCCUCCCACCACUAUGACAACGACCCCUCAGGAGCAUCAGCGGCUCCGGUCUACAGCUCCGUCAGACCCCGGGCCAAACCAUACAGCCUGCUCUCUGCCACGCACACCUACGACAGCGCAACAUCACCCAAUCCCAGGCCGGGGGAGGGGCUACUGUCCUCGCACAGCAGUGGAGAAUAUCAGCUGGUGCCAGCUGAACAGCAUUCACCAGCAGACGAUGAUGAUUAUGAAGAGUUUUCCUCUUCAGUCACAGACAUGUCCAACUUCUGUCCACCUGGUGGCAUCGGGUUUAACUGUCGCAUUCAGAAGCCCAGAGGACCCAGAGAUCCUCCUGCUGAGUGGAGCCGACUGGAGAGAUGAACUGGUUAGACUGGACUUUACUGGUUUACAGUCGACUGAGUAAAAUGAGACUCUGUCAGUGUGUUGACUUUCAGCUGAACUGGACUGAGGCUCGUUGUGUGUGAUUCGAUGUGACUUGUUGUUUUGUCAUGCCGUCUUCAAACGUCUCCUGAUUUCAGUGUGUGCGUGUGUGUGUAUGUGUGUGUGUGUGUAUGUGUGUGUGUGUGUGUACCUUCCAGUACAGAUGGGGAUCGGGUUCGUCAGCUCAGAUGCUCAGCGACUUUCACUUUCACCUGGUCACUCAGACUAAUUCUGACUUUUUUACUCAGAAAUUAACUUGACAACAACAACAACAACAAAUUAUACUGAAAACAAACUGUUAAACUAAAGGUUGUUCUGAAUGA